AACUUAACCCUGCUAUAUUGCUUUCAAGUGAUAAGCAAGUCUACAGAAAUGUACAGCCUAUAAUAUAACUCAGAGGCAUGUACACAUUAUGUGUUUGACAUAAGUUAGAUUUCUAUUUGCCAGUCCUAUUGACAUUCUGGUACCCAGAUAAAGCUUGGCACCUCUGUCAUUUUUUUUAAUCUUCCAGUAAUAAGACAGAUCAAGAGGUAGGUUCUUACUUUUCUAUCUUCUGAUGAUUCAUCAAUUUCUGUUAGUCCCUUACAAUGACAUGAAAUCUACAUUUUAUUUCAGUUAAAUUUGUUAUUUCAUUUAUGUUGUUAAAUUUAAAAAUAGCAAAACAAAUCUAAAUCAGUUCUUUAAAAAGUGUGUACUGGAUGUCCCAAUUGAAAUGAAAUCUUAGGAAGGAAUUCCAUCUACUAAUCAAACCAGACCACCUCGAUAUGUAGAUUGGAAACUUCUGAGCCAAGCGUGAGGUUAAGCAUCAUGGUUUAGCACUAAUGUGAUCAUUUAAUUUGUAUCUCUUCUGUUGUCUCUGAGGUAAUGAUUUAUUAGUUAGUGUUAGUUCAUGCAUUAACUGACAUGAACAACGAGCAAUAAUAAUUGAUUUAAAAUUUUAUUUUACAGAACUUGACCGUGGCCUUCAGCUUAUCUGCAUUUUUUGGUCUUUUGUUUUUCCUUUUUCUCUUGACAAUACUCCAUAGAUUCUCUAUGGGGUUCAGGUCUGGUGUGUUUGCUGGCCAGUCAAACACACCAACAGCAUGGCCAUUUAACAAACUAAGUGUGUGCAGGUGCCAGAUCCUGCUGGAAAAUAAAAUCAGCAUCUUCAAAAAGGUGGUCAGCAGAAGGAAGCAUGAAGUGCUACAAAAUCGGGUGCAGUGACGUUGGUUUUCAAAAAACAAUGCAUCAACACCAGUAGAUGACAUAACACCAAACCAUCACAUGUGGAAACUUAACACUGGACUUCAAGCAACUUGGGAUAUGAGCCUCUCUACCCUUCCUCCAGACUGUAGGACCUUGGUUUCCAAAUGAAAUACAAAACUUGCUCUCAUCUGAAAAGAGGUCUUUGAACCACUGGGCAAUAGUGCAGUUCUUCUCCUUAGUCCAGUACAGUGGUCUGUCUUUAGAGACUUUCACUGCUGAAAGAGCUUGACUGCUUAUGUCACCACUACACAUCUGAAGAAGAAACUACAAGGUGUAAUAAUGCAGGACUACACAAAGACAGUGAAGGAGUUUGUGGAAGAACAUCCGACAGGGGUCACAGCUGUCCUGAUGACUGGUGUCGGGCUCUUUGCCCUGCGGAGAUGGCGAGCUGGGGGAGUCUGCCGCAGCAAAGCCCGCUUGGAUGGAAAAACCGUUCUGAUCACUGGAGCUAACACUGGAAUCGGCAAAGAGACAGCGGUGGACAUGGCCCAGAGAGGUGCAAGGGUCAUCCUGGCUUGUCGAGACAUGGGCAGAGCAAACACAGCAGCAGCUGAGGUCAGGAAGAGGAGUGGAAAUGGUAACGUGGUUGUAAAGAUGCUGGACCUGGCCUCCUUGCAGUCUGUUCGAGCUCUGGCCAAAGAUGUACAGCAGACUGAAGAGAGACUGGAUAUUCUCAUUAAUAACGCUGGGAUAAUGAUGUGCCCGCCGUGGAAGACAGAAGAUGGCUUUGAGAUGCAGUUUGGUGUGAACCAUCUGGGUCAUUUCCUACUCACCAACUUACUUCUGGACUUGCUGAAGAAAUCAACACCCAGCCGUGUUGUGAAUGUUUCCAGCCUGGCCCAUGAGACAGGCAAGAUUCAUUUUGAUGAUAUAAACCUGGAGAAAAACUAUGACACAUUGGUAAGCUAUCGACAGAGCAAGCUGGCCAAUAUUCUUUUUACCCGGGAACUAGCUGUCAGACUGAAAGGCACAGGAGUGACAACUUACUCUCUUCAUCCUGGGUUGAUCCAAACAGAGCUUGGUCGACACUUUUUCCCCUCUAUGCCUUUAUGGAAGAGGCUUUUGUUCUUUCCCCUUUUUUUUGUUGUCAAAACACCUUGGCAGGGUGCACAGACCACCAUCUACUGCGCAGUGGAUGAGAGUCUGCAGAACACCAGCGGUCUUUACUACAGUGAUUGUGCCCCAAAAGAGGCAGCUCCUGUGGGUAGGGAUGAUGCUGCAGCUCGCAGACUGUGGGAUCUCAGUGCUUCCAUGGUGGGCCUGGCUUGAGAAAGUACCUUGCCCAGUGAAAGUCACUCUUCAUUUAAAAAGCAGUUUGUCAUAUUUUCCUGUGAAAACUGUACAUUUGCAGAUUAUUAAAUCUGCCUACUUUUUUUUUAUAAAGAGACCCAGUUUGAGUAACAACGUAGGAAGGCAGAGUUACAGUAUGCAAUGAAAUGCCUAUGCAAUAAGAUGAACUGUUUUAUAUGAAGUGUGAAUUUAAGCGUUGAAUAAUUAGUGAGUGAGUUUUUAAGUGCUGGGCGUCCGGCCUGUAGAGAACUGGCCCCUUCAACUGAGCCUGGUUUCUCCCAAGGUUCUUUUUUCUCCAAUCUGUCACAGAUUGGGUUUUUGUUCCUUGCCGCUGUCGCCUCUGGCUUGCUUAGUUGGGGAUACUUCAUUGCUAGCAAUUAUUGUCAAUUUGAUUACAGAGACUCUCUGCAUUAAUAAAAAUGAAGUGUUUAAUCAAUAUACA